AAAAUGGAGUGGUCGAACUGAAGCAUUUCGAGACAAUUAUCGGUCCAUAUUCCCCUAAUGUCCCAGUGUCAGUCUUACAUUGAAACUACAACGGACAAAUUGUGAGACAUUUGACGACAGAGGCAUCUUAAUAGCGCAUUUCAGGACUGGGCUAACAAUAACAUUGUGCAGAAAGACCAUCUUCCAUCAGCUGCAGGUGUGUUCACUAAUACUCAAAGUCACUAUGCUACUUGAAAUGAAGAAUGUGAGUCUGACAACCGGAGACAGGCUGAAAGUGAAGGGGAUCCUUCAGCAUGAUGCCGAGAGUUUCAAGAUCGAGCUGGGCUGUUGUACGGACGACAUCGCGCUGCACUUUAAUCCCCGUUUUGAUGACGACGUUGAUGGUUCCGUUAUUGUUUGCAACUCAAAGACUGGUGGGUCUUGGGGCGAUGAGGUCCGACACACACACAACCCUCUACACCGGGGAAGAGUGGUCAAGCUGGAGUUGAUGCUGGAUGGAGACGUGUUUGAGGUGGCGCUUCCUGACGGACAGCAGCUGCAGUUUCCAAACCGUGAGAACGUGGACGUCAUCAACUACGUCCGAAUCAAAGGAGACUUCAAACUGACUUCCUUCAAGAUCUGCUAAAAGACACAUGGUUAAAGAUGAGACUUUGAGACAGUUAUUGUAAGAAAUAUUGUUAAGGGGUGUAGAUCUUCAAUGUGAAUUUGAAAUGUAUCUUUAUUUGAAAAUGUCCCGUUGUGCUCAAGAAAAUAAAAUGUUUAAAUUCAAAGGA